CACAGCCUAGAGAACCAAGAAACACAAACCACCCAACAAUGGCAACCAAGUUUGAAAUAUUCAUACUAUUCAUAUCUUUCUCUUCAUUGUUUUGCUCUGCUUUGUCGAGUCUCAGCUCUGAUGACAUAAAUCAGUGGUGCGACAAAACCCCAUACCCGGAACCAUGCAAGCACUUCAUGAGCAAUGGCUCUCACAAUUUCGCACCCAAAGAAAAAUCCGAGUUCAGAAAGAUGGCCAUGCAAAUAGCCAUGGAAAGAGCUCUCAAAGCCGAGACUCACACUAAGUGGCUUGGGUCUAAAUGUCGGAAUGAGCGCGAAAAAACUGCAUGGUCUGAUUGUUUAAAGCUCUAUGAGAGUACAAUUCUUCAACUCAACCAUACUCUAGACCCCAACACAAAAUGUUCCGAUUUUGACGCUCAGACGUGGCUCAGCACGGCUUUGACAAAUCUUGAGACUUGUCGAGCUGGGUUCAUCGAGUUGGGUGUCUCAGACUUCAUGUUGCCUCUUAUGUCCAACAAUGUUUCAAAGCUAAUCAGCAACACUUUGGCCAUUAACAAUGGCUCAAACGAGAAACAAACGUAUAAAGAAGGUUUUCCCACUUGGGUUUCACCUGGAGACCGUAAGUUGUUGCAGUCGUCGUCUCCAGCAGCGAAUCUCGUGGUGGCUCAAGAUGGUUCGGGAAAUUACCGGACCAUUCAAGCAGCCCUUGACGCGGCGGCGAAGAGAAGUGGCAGUGGGAGGUUUGUUAUACGUGUGAAAAGUGGUGUUUAUAAGGAGAAUAUUGAGAUUGGCAACAAAAUGAAGAAUAUUAUGCUUGUUGGUGAUGGCUUGAAAAACACCAUUAUCACUGGUAGUCGAAGCGUGGGAGGAGGUUCCACUACCUUCAACUCUGCAACUGUUGCGGUUACCGGUGGAGGAUUCAUUGCUCGUGAAAUAACAUUUCGUAACAUAGCUGGACCACAAAAUCAUCAAGCUGUAGCACUUCGGUCUGGCUCUGAUCUCUCUGUUUUCUACCGUUGUGGCUUUGAAGGAUACCAAGAUACACUAUAUGUUCAUUCUCAACGACAAUUUUACAAAGAAUGUUAUAUCUAUGGCACAGUAGAUUUUAUAUUUGGAAAUGCGGCAGUUGUUUUCCAAAAUUGCAUGAUAUAUGCUAGAAGACCCAUGAACAAGCAAAAAAAUACUAUAACAGCGCAAGGGCGAACUGACCCUAACCAAAAUACUGGCAUUUCAAUUCAUAAUUCUCGAGUUAUGGCUUCAUCUGACUUAAAACCAGUACUUAGCUCAUUCAAGACAUAUUUGGGACGACCUUGGAAGCAAUAUUCACGUACUGUUUAUCUACAAACUUAUUUGGACACUUUGGUUGAUCCAGCAGGCUGGUUAGAGUGGGAUGGUAACUUUGCUCUAAAUACUUUGUAUUAUGGAGAGUAUAAGAACUUCGGCCCCGGUUCGUCAACUAGUGGCAGAGUAAAGUGGCGUGGUUAUAGAGUUAUAUCUAGUGCAACUGUAGCAUCACAAUUCAACGUCGCAAAUUUUAUAGCCGGUCGAUCAUGGUUGCCUUCCACCGGUGUACCAUUCUCUUCUAGUCUUUGAUAGUGUUGUAUUUGAUCAAUUCCUUUGUUUGUUAUUGUUUUGUUCUUUUAAUCUUUCCAUAUUCCUACAUAAGAAAGGAAAUUUCACCCAAUAAAAUAUAAUAUGAUUUUUUUUUCUUUCAU